CAGAGGAAUGCCUCAUGUUACCUUCACUGUGCAGACUACCACUGGAGACCAAAAAAUGAGUAAGAUCCAUACUAUAGCACUAUAGCUUCUGCAUCUUUUCUUAAACUAACAACAAACCUUCUGCAAAUGUCGCAGAGCAGCCUGAAAUGUGGUCAGCUAUCCUGAGGAGGUAUGAAUACAAGCAAGAGCGAGACAGUGAAAGAGCACCCAUUAAAACCCUCUAGAAGAUCUAUGCCAUGCCUUGCCCAGAGCCAAACACAUCCUCAGAGCCUGAGCAAGCAUUCAUCAUUUCUGCAGACAAACCGUGUGCAGCCACAGCUCCAGCCCCAGCCUUUGAGUGCAGGGACGUCAGCAGCUGCAGUGGAUAUCGUGUCAGAACGAGCUAAAGUGGUGGAGACUUUGGAAAGCAACUUGCUUAAACUGUCUAAUACAGAAUACGGUGAUCCAUUUUCAGAUGUAGGCAAGGAAAAAGAUACAUACACAGAUGAUUCAGAACAUGGGAAUUAUGAUGCUCGUACAGAUCAGUCAUUGCUUAUUCAAAAUAAGCUCACCAGGCAGAAAACAGAACCUCGAACUAAAUCUUCUUUAAAGAGUGAUGCCAUGGCAUCAUCAGGACUCUUCUUCAAAGAUGGCAAAAAGCGCAUUGAUUACAUCUUGGUCUACAAGAAAUCAAGCCCACAGGUAGAGAAAAGAAGCACAUUUGAGAAGAAUUUGAGAGCAGAAGGGCUUAUGUUAGAACGGGAGCCAGCUGUUACCAACAGUGAUAUCAUGUUUGUUAAAAUUCACUGUCCGUGGGAGACAUUGUGCAAGUAUGCAGAAAGAAUGAACAUCAGGAUGCCUUUCAGGAAAAAAUGUUAUUACACUGACUGGAGGAGCAAAACCAUGGGCAGUUUGCAGAGGAACAUUAGAGAGCUGAAAAGCUGGUUGCCCAGAAAUCCCAUGAAGCUGGAUAAGGAGGCCCUGCCUGAUCUGGAGGAGACAGAUUGCUACACAGCCCCCUUCAGCCGCGCACGCAUCCACCAUUUUACGAUAAACAACAAAGACAGCUUCUUCAGCAAUUCCACAAGAAGUAGAAUUGUGCAUCAUGUGCUACAGAGAACUAAGUAUGAAGAUGGAAAAUCCAAAAUGGGUAUUAAUAGGCUACUAAAUAAUGGCACAUAUGAAGCAGCAUUUCCACCACAUGAGGGAAGCCACAAAAGCAGGCAUCCCAUCAAAACACACGGAGCACAGAAUCACAGACACCUCUUGUAUGAGCGCUGGGCACGGUGGGGAAUGUGGUACAAAUACCAACCUCUUGAUUUAAUCAGGCGAUACUUUGGUGAAAAAAUUGGACUGUAUUUUGCCUGGCUGGGAUGGUAUACUGGAAUGCUUAUUCCUGCUGCCCUGGUUGGGCUCUUUGUUUUCCUCUAUGGAUUAUUUACAAUGGAUUCCAGCCAAGUAAGCAAAGAGAUCUGCGAGGCAAAUGAAACCAUUAUGUGCCCUAUGUGUGAACGCAAUUGCACACUACAAAAACUCAACGAAAGCUGCAUAUAUGCCAAGGUUACACAUUUGUUUGAUAACGGAGGGACUGUCUUCUUUGCAAUUUUCAUGGCAAUUUGGGCAACAGUCUUUCUGGAGUUUUGGAAAAGACGGAGAGCUGUAUUGACUUAUGAUUGGGACCUCAUAGACUGGGAAGAUGAAGAGGAAGAGCUGCGUCCCCAGUUUGAAGCUAAAUAUUCCCAAGUGGAAAGAGUAAAUCCCAUCACAGGAAAACCCGAACCUUUUCAGCCUUUCCCUGAUAAGCUCAGUCGACUGAUGGUGUCUGUCUCAGGAAUAUUCUUCAUGAUUUCACUGGUCCUUACUGCAGUGUUUGCAGUUGUGGUGUAUCGACUGGUAGCCAUGGAGCAGUUUGCUUCUUUCAAGUGGUAUUUCAUCAAGAAGUAUUGGCAGUUUGCAACAUCUGGCACUGGAGUCUGUAUCAAUUUUAUGAUCAUCAUGUCACUCAAUGUUGUGUAUGAAAAAGUUGCCUAUCUCCUGACAGAUUUAGAGCACCCUAGAACAGAAUCUGAGUGGGAAAACAGCUUUGCCUUGAAAAUGUUCCUCUUCCAGUUUGUCAACUUGAACAGCUCCAUCUUCUACAUCGCCUUUUUUCUUGGCAGAUUUGCAGGCCGCCCAGGAAAGUACAAUAAGCUUUUUAACAGAUGGAGGCUGGAAGAGUGUCAUCCUAGUGGCUGCUUGAUAGAUCUGUGCUUACAAAUGGGAGUUAUUAUGGUUUUAAAACAAAUGUGGAACAACUUCAUGGAACUAGGCUAUCCUUUAUUACAGAAUUGGUGGUCAAGACGCAAAAUGAAGAGAAGAGGGCAAUCAAUGGAGAAUAAAAUUUCUCUACCUCAAUGGGAAAAAGACUGGAAUCUGCAACCUAUGAAUCUCCAUGGUUUAAUGGACGAAUAUUUAGAGAUGGUUUUACAGUUUGGCUUUACCACCAUCUUUGUGGCUGCCUUCCCCCUGGCACCUCUCCUGGCACUGCUCAACAACAUCAUAGAAAUCAGAUUAGAUGCAUACAAGUUUGUCACUCAGUGGCGAAGACCCAUGCCUGCAAGAGCAACAGAUAUAGGUAUUUGGUAUGGAAUUCUGGAAGGAAUUGGAGUUCUGGCUGUCAUCACCAAUGCCUUUGUUAUUGCCAUUACUUCUGAUUACAUUCCACGUUUUGUCUAUGCAUACAGAUAUGGUCCCUGUACAGAUCAAGGGUACAGACAAGAAAAAUGCUUAAAAGGAUAUGUCAACAGCAGCUUGUCAGUAUUUGAUUUGAGUGAACUUGGGAUGGGAUACUCAGGAUACUGUCGGUACAGAGACUACAGAGCCCCACCAUGGAGUUCGACUCCGUAUGAAUUCACUUUGCAGUUUUGGCAUGUCCUGGCAGCACGACUGGCCUUCAUCAUAGUAUUUGAGCAUCUUGUUUUUGGAAUAAAGUCUUUCAUUGCCUACCUAAUUCCAGACAUACCCAAAGACUUGUGUGACAGAAUGAGAAGAGAGAAAUACUUAGUCCAGGAAAUGAUGUAUGAGGCUGAACUGGAACAUUUGCAAAGAGAAAGGAAAAAGAAUGGGAAACAGUAUCACCAUGAAUGGCCUUAGUCACUACAAUGCUACAACAAAAACACUUUGGAAUUGGAGAGAGAAGUUGCAAAAUG